ACUCCAAUUCUUCAAGACCCCAAGUGUACCUGAAUUUCUCACCAAUGCUUGCACGCAUGCAUAAUUUCUUAACAACUUCACCAAUAUCUUAAUCUCCCUUGUUUUCCAUACGUCAUCUCCACUAUAUAUAUGCCUCCCAUUUCAGUGCAUUCAAUUCAAAGAUUCACCAUCCAUUUGCUAGCUCUUUUUGUUAAUUUCAAAAAUAUUAAUCAUUUUAUCUCCAAACCAAACAUGACUUUCCCAAUUACUAAUAAGACAAUUCUGCUUAUUAGUGGUGUUGUUGUGUUAAAUCUUUUGGUUUUGGCGUUGGCUGGAAACUUCAACCAAGAUUUUGAUAUUACUUGGGGUGAUGGCCGUGCCAAAAUACUCAGUAAUGGACAGCUUCUCACGCUGUCUCUUGAUAAAACCUCAGGCUCUGGAUUCAAGUCCAAGAAUCAAUACUUAUUUGGGAAAAUCGACAUGCAGUUGAAGCUUGUGCCUGGCAACUCCGCCGGUACCGUGACUGCUUACUAUCUGUCUUCACUGGGGUCGACCCAUGACGAGAUCGACUUUGAGUUUCUUGGAAACCUAAGUGGAGAUCCCUAUAUUCUCCACACAAAUGUGUUCACACAAGGUAAAGGAAAUAGGGAGCAGCAAUUUUAUCUUUGGUUUGACCCCACCAAGAACUUCCACACCUACUCCAUUUUAUGGAAUCCUCAAAGCAUCAUCUUCUUUGUUGACGGGACUCCGAUUAGAGAGUUCAAGAAUUUAGAAUCAAAUGGCAUCCCUUUCCCAAAGAACCAACCGAUGUGGAUAUUCUCCAGCCUUUGGGAUGCCGAGGAUUGGGCCACAAGGGGUGGCCUUGUAAAGACUGACUGGAGCCUAGCACCCUUCACUGCCUCCUAUCAAAACUUCAACGCCCAAGCUUGCAUUUGGGCUUCCAAUGCCUCCUCUUGCUCCUCAAACUCAUCCAACAACUCUUGGCUAACACAAUCGCUGGACAGCUCAGGCCAGGCAAGGAUAAAAUGGGUGCAGAAGAACUACAUGAUCUACAACUAUUGCACUGAUACCAAGAGAUUCCCGCAAGGAUUACCACGGGAAUGCUCGCUGGCAUGAUUCAAACAUUAAACACAUAUGAACCAUAAUCUUCUUUUUGUUAGAAGACUUUAAUAGUUAAAAUCUGGGCUGUAGAUUUCAUGUUAUAAAGCCAUCAAGUUGGAGGUAAUAAAUAAAGAUAUUAAUGACAAAGGAAAAUUAGUAGAAUCUGUCCGCUAAAUCCCGAAUAAUAACAAUAAACAGAGAUGAAAACCAAAACAAAUUAGAGGCACAGCCUCAUUCAUGAAAUCAGAAAAGAAAAUUGUUUGUUGGUAAUUA